UUAAUAGGAUUUAACUUAGCAACAGAAAUGGCAGGCACCGCCAACAGUGACGACGAGUUCCAGGAUGCCCUCGGCGAGGAGAUCACCGAGAAGGAGGCCACCAACACACGACUUAGCGAGAAGGACGUGGACGAAGUCGUGGAGAAGCACAACCAGCUGAGGUUAGAUGACGAAGCGGAAGAAGGUGCGGCUGGCGGAGAUGUCCUGGUGAAGCAGCCAGACUCCGAGAUGUCCAUCGAGGAGCUGCGCGAACUGGAGAAGAAUCUUAGCAAUGAGGAGCUGGCGGCAAACAAGGAGAAGGCUGACAAACUCAAGCUGGAGGCCAACGAGCGGUUCAAGAACGACGACGCCGUGGGCGCCGCCAAGAUCUACACAGAGGCGCUAGACAUCUGUCCUUCGGACAGCACCAAGGAGCGGGCCGUGCUUUACGGGAACAGAGCAGCUGCCAAGAUAAAGCUGGAUGCCAACAAGGCGGCCAUCGACGACUGCACAAAGGCCAUCGAACUGUGGCCAGAGUAUGUCCGCGUGCUCCUACGGCGGGCCAAGCUCUACGAGCAGGACGACAAGCCCGACGAGGCUCUGACAGACUACAAACGCGUCACCGAACUGGAUCCUGGACAGCCGGAGGCUCGCGAGGCACAGGUUCGCCUGCCACCCAUCAUCAACGAGCGCAACGAGAAGCUCAAGAACGAGAUGAUGUCCAGUCUAAAAGACCUGGGCAACAUGAUACUGAAACCCUUUGGCCUGUCCACACAGAACUUCCAAAUGCAACAGGAUCCAAACACGGGCUCCUAUUCCAUAAAUUUUAACCAAAAACCUAGCUAGUGGAUAUACAUAGUUCUGUUGUGAGUGUGAGGGUGAGGAAAUAAAGUUGUUCCGAAGAAAGAUUUUUUAAAAUAAAAAUUAUAGUUAUUGGAUGGAUAAAAAAAAUAUUACAUCAUAAAA